AUGACGGAGAAGAGCGAAGCGAACGCCGCCGCGACGCCGUCCUCCGUCUUGCCCGCCCAUCAGCAACAGGUGCUUCACGGCCGGCAAUCCGUCAACCGGCCACCGACGUCGGUGCUCAUCGGGCACCACCACCAUCACCAGCCGUCGCAACCGACACCGCCGCAGCAGCCACCGCCACCGCCGCCGUCGCACCACCAGCCUGCGCAGCCGCCGCACAACCAGCAGCCGCCACUGCACCACAAUCGGUCCGGUAGCAGCCUGUCCGUGACCGAUUACCGCGAACCGGCAACCACACCCACGGUAAUGGCGUUGGAGCCCGGCGGCUGCGGUGUCGGAAGGCGGCCGGCUGCUGUCAACGGAAUCGUUUCCAACGUGUUAUGCGCUAGGCCAGUCCAUCCACCGCCCGCGGCCGUCUUGUACCCUCGACCCAGGUACCCGUCUGCAGUACUGUGGCACGCGCCCCAUUUCCCCACGGCCAGCGUCACCUUUGGACCGUUCAUAGAGAACGAGUGGAGACACUGUCGGUUGCAGAUGUUCAACCCGGAACUGGAACCGGUGAACUUGCAGAACAGCCACCACCACCGUCGACCGGAACCGGGCCGGGCGCCGGAGAUGCCGGGCAGACUUCAGCAGGAUCGCGCGGCGCACAGCCGACCGGCGCCCGCGAACCCGCCUGCACACGACGACCGGGAACAGACCAGACACCACGCCUAG